AUGAUCGGAGUGUUUCAUGAGCGUAGAAGUCUUGUACAUGCUCAUGUGACGAUCGUCACGUCUUUGAUGGUGUUCAUUGACAUAAUCGCUGUGGCGAUAGUCAUCAUCAUGGCUAUUGGUAAUCGGAUAAAGUAUACCUAUACGUUGCCGCAACAUUUUGUCGAUGAACAGAAGUUUUACGCAAUACUCGGACCCUUCUGGAUGUACCUGGGAGCAAUUACGCUUCAUAUUUGGGUGGCAGUGAAUAUGUGCUUCUUGCAGGUGCUCAAUUCGUUCAUCAGUUUUCUUGAUGAUAAACUCAGUGCGAGGAGUUCGCCUGUCGAUCUAAAUCGGAAGCAUCUGAAUGAGAAAGUUGGGGACCCGAGCACAUAUGAAAACUCUUAA